AUGACAGACAUUCACGAGACCCAACAGGGAGCUCUUAAAGAAAUUCAGGCCUUCAUUCGUUCAAGGACAAGUUACGAUGUUUUGCCUACUUCAUUUCGCCUAAUUGUUUUCGACGUUACACUAUUUGUGAAAACUUCAUUGUCACUCCUUGCUCUAAACAACAUUGUCAGCGCUCCGUUAUGGGAUAGCGAAGCAAAUAGAUUCGCUGGUCUGUUAACUAUGGCAGAUUUUGUCAAUGUUAUUAAAUACUACUACCAAAGUAGUUCUGUUCCAGAAACCUUAGCUGAAAUUGAUAAAUUCCGUCUCUUGGGACUUCGCGAGGUUGAACGGAAAAUCGGUGCUAUUCCUCCCGAAACCCUUCACGUUCAUCCUAUGCAUAGUUUAAUGGAAGCAUGUUUAGCAAUGUCUAAGAGCCGUGCUCGACGUGUGCCACUGAUUGACGUCGAUGGCGAGACAGGAAGUGAAAUGAUUGUUUCCGUCUUAACUCAGUAUAGAAUUCUAAAAUUCAUUUCGAUGAAUUGUAAAGAAACAUCUAUGCUUCGGGUGCCGCUUAACGAAUUACCAAUUGGCACAUGGACGAAUAUUGCUACGAGUACAAUGGAUAUGAAGGUUUUCGCAGUUAUACAAACUCUUGCAGAGAAAGCCAUCUCUGCUGUUCCGAUAGUUAAUGAUGAGGGGAUCCUAAUAAACGUUUAUGAAUCUGUUGAUGUUAUGCAUUUAAUUCAAGAUGGUGACUAUAAUAAUUUAGAACUAACAGUGGGUGAGGCACUUUUAAGAAGACCAUCAAAUUUCGCCGGUGUACAUACUUGUCGCGAUACUGAUCAUCUUGAUGGUAUUUUUGACGCUAUAAAACAUUCCAGAGUGCAUCGACUUUUUGUUGUUAGUGAGGAUUUUCACCUUAAAGGCAUUUUAUCCCUUUCCGAUAUACUCAAUUAUAUUGUGGAUGAUCAACUUUAA